AUGGCUCUGCACGUAUUGUAUCAAAAUGUGCGUGGUUUGCGUACAAAACUACAUACUUUUAAGAUGAAUGUGACAACUUAUUCAUUCGACGUGAUUAUGGUUACGGAGUCAUGGUUAAACGAGGGUGUGUUGGACAGUGAGGUGGUGGAUGAUCAGUACACUAUUAAAAGGGAUGGCGGGGGUGUGUUUGUGAUCGUACGUAACGGGUUGAAUGCAGACCGGUUGCUCGAUUUUGAGAGUGGAGCAGAAGACAUUUGGUUAAAAAUCAAAGUUAAUAAGAAAAACGUUUAUAUGUGUUGUGUGUACAUCGCGCCCGGCAACGACGAGGCUUACUCAAUGUUUGUAAGCAAGUUGGAAUCCAUUAAGGCGAGGAUCCGUGAUUCGGAUGUGUUGUUGAUCUGUGGCGAUUUCAAUUGUCCAUCACUGGGAUGA